AUGAAGAAUUCAAUAUUUUUCAUCAUGGACAUCAGUAACCAGGGCAUUAGAGUGAUUCUGUCCCAGGUGGAAGAACAGACAAAGUGGGUCAUUGGCUUCUAUAGCAGUGGUUUCUGGUCUACUGCACUUGCAAGGCUGGAAGUAUGCCAUGACUUUAACAUGCAGUUGAAGAUAAAAAUGAAUUUCACACAAAGAGGAAUAACAAAAGAUGGCCACACUUGUUAUGCAUCAUUAGAAAAUUCAUGCCCGAAACAAAUAUAUUCCAUAACUGCCCGUGUUCUCAUAUACAUGACUCUAUGGACAAUAACAACAUUCACACUUUGUGGUAACCUCUUGGUGAUAAUCUCCAUUUCCCAUUUCAAGCAGCUUCACACUCCAACAAACUUCCUCACGUUGUCUUUGGCAGUUGCUGAUUUUUUACUUGGAGGACUUGUGAUGCCACCCAGCAUGAUCAGAUCGGUGGAAACCUGCUGGUAUUUUGGGGAUUUCUUCUACCGCUAUUGUGCAGUGUGUUAUCCUCUAAUUUAUCACACUAAAAUCAGUGUAUCACUAAUAGGUAAAACUGUUUUAAUUAGCUGGUCUCUGUCAACCAUUAUUGGGUUUGGUGUUAUAUUUUUAGGACUUAAUAUGAAAGGUAUAGAACAUUUUUAUGAGGAGGAUUUGUACUGUGUUGGGGGUUGCACACUGGUACUAAACCAAACAUCAAGUCUGCUUUGUUCUACAAUUGCAUUUUAUAUUCCAGGUUUUAUCAUGAUAGCAAUUUAUGCAAAAAUUUUCAAAGUAGCAAAAAAACAAGCACAAACUAUUGAAAGCAGAAAAAAAUCAUCUUCAAGAAAAAGAGAGACUAAAGCUGCAAAGACUCUGGCGAUAGUUGUAGGUGUGUUCCUCAUUUGUUGGUCACCAUAUUUCCUGUGCACUAUUCUUAAUCCUUUUCUCAAUUAUUCAACUCCUGCAUUAGUAGGAGAAAUUUUAAUGUGGUUUGCUUACUUAAACUCAACUUUGAAUCCCCUUAUAUAUGCCUUUUUUUAUACAUGGUUUAGAAAGGCUCUUAAAAUGAUUGCAUUUGGAGAAAUUUUUAAAAACAACUCUUCUUUAAUACAGCUUUACACAGAAUAA